AAUAGCUCUGCAGCUAUCCGCCAACGCAAAGCUCAUUAGACACCAAGCGAAUUGCAUAGCGCGGCAAAGCGUUGAUCUUCAUUAUGAUGUUGUAGGCACAGCGAAAAUUUAACGGUGGGCACGGCAGCUACUAGCUUCCGGCUAAAUCGGCAGCUUGGAUUGCUCGAGAUGUUGCCGCGCACUGGCAGUCGCAGUUCGUCGAUCAUCGCAAACAGUUGGAAAUAACGGAAAACGCAGUGAUAAGUGAAAAAUCUAACGGUGCAAUGUGUGCAAUUCAUAAUUAAGGAAAUUGCAGAAAAACUCACACAAAGUGCAAUUCCAAGUGCAAGUAUAAAAAACGUAUAUAUAAAUGCGAAAAGUGAAAUAAUAAUAGAUACUGUGUGCACUUCCACCCACACAACAAUACAUAACUAAAACGACUAAAAACAAUACACAACGCUUUGAAAUUCUUCAGCAAAAUUUUUACUUAAAUAAUAAAAGGCGAGAAAUGCCAAAGUAAAUAAUUCAAUUACAAAAGUGCAAUAAGGCGAAAAAUCAUUAACAUUAGUUGAAAUUGCUGCCACAGUCGUCGCAGCAAUUGCCUCGCUGCCACUGCCCCACCUCCCUUCACCAACGCCUUUGCCUAUGCUUCUGCUUCUGCUGUUGCCUUUUCGCUGUUAGCCUCCCACCUCAUUCAUUUGCCGCCCAUCGCAAAAACAUCAAUGAAGGAGCGCAUUCGCGUGGCAUUAAGCAAAUAAGUGCAAAACCAUGAUAAAUAACAGAAGCGAAGCAACAAUGAUAGCGAAAGCAAAUGAAACAAGUAUGAAAUCCGUAACAGGCGAAACAUCAACAGUAGCAGCAGCAGCAGCAGCAGCAGCAGCAAAAACCACAACAAUGUCAACGGCUUCAGCAAGUGAAACAGACGCUACGAUAAUGAAUUGUUGGUUAUGCAAUAAUAGCAACGACGUCGUGCAAAAUGCCAAGCCAAGUCAUGUCAGCAACAACAAAUACCACACAAACAAUAAUCACAGUAACGACAACAAGCCGGUGGUGGUGGUCACCACCGCUGCACUACGUCCCGCUAUGAUGGCACUCGCAUUUACGUUGCUUUUCUUGAUUAACAUAUCCUGUGCGGCAUGCACGCGCGAUCGUCUGCACAAGCAGACACAUCUGGAGGCGAAGGUCGGCUCGCAUGUGGUGUUCAAUUGUCUCAUUGACUUUCCGUACGAUGUGCCCAUUGAGUAUUGGGUCAACUGGAGCAAGGAUGUUGAAUUUCAACCGCUGGGCGAACACUACUAA